AUGCCUAAAGUUAGAAGAGAGAAUUCUCCGGCUAUGGAUUGCAGUGGAUCAUAUCCCUAUCCUUCCAAAAAUCUUGAGCUGCCUAAAACUAGGUUUGGAUCGGUCGAGGAUCGGAAAGAAUGGGAUGAUACUAGAUGUUCUAUUUGCAUGGAAACUCCUCAUAACACUGUUAUUCUUAAGUGUUCUUCUUAUGAGAUGGGUUGUCGUCCUUACAUGUGUAAUACGAGUUACCGACACUCCAACUGUCUUGACCAAUUCUGCAAGUCAUUUGAUUCUCAUCUAUCAUCGGCAAAACUAGAAGAAAUUCCGCUCGUAAGAACAGCGCCUCAUGAUAAGAAACUUCGGUCAGAGGUUGUGAAUCCCUCUCAAUGUGAGAACAAGUUGCAAACAAAGCUUAUCUGCCCUCUUUGUCGGGGAGGAGUAUAUGGAUAUAUGGUAUCGGAGCCUGCUCGAAGGUAUAUGAAUUAUAUACGAAGGACUUGUUCGUCUGAGACGUGUGAAUUCCAGGGAACAUAUCCAGAACUCAGGAAGCAUGCUAGGAUGGAGCAUCCUUCUGUUCGGCCAUCAGAGGUGGAUAUCUCCCGACAGUGUGACUGGUUAAGGAUGGAACAGCAAAGAGACUUUGAUGAUCUUUUUAGCUCAAUCAAUGCAAGUUCUGGUGCUGAGCACAGUGGAGAAGACGCCGUAUAUUGGGCUGGGGGUUUAGCUGACAUGAUGUCCAUGUUAGUGUCUGAAAUGCUUACUGGCUUUGUGACUAGUUUUUCGCCUGAUCCAACACCUAGAGUCCCAUCACGUGACAGAAGAUCUGAAACAAUCCACGCGGUACCAAAUGAUACACAGACAAAUCAAUCUGCUACGCCGAUAUCCAUUUUAUCUUCAACAAAUUUUACGUUGCCUGAAAUGUUAUCCUCUGAGUUUGAUAGAUUUGUGGCUAGUGUUUUCUCUUAUCCAACACCUAGUAUGCCAUCACACGACAUAAGAUCUGAAACGAUGCACUGGGUAUCAAAUGAUGCACUGACAAAUCAAUCAGCUAGAACGAGAUCCGUUUUCCCUUCAACACAUUUCACCUUGCCUGAAAUGUCAUCCUCUGAAGCAGAUAGAUUUGUGAAUAGUUUGCCUUAUCCAACACCUAGAAUGUCAUCAUACGACAGAAGAUCUGAAUCGAUGCACGGGUUAUCAAAUAAUACACACACAAAUCAAUCAGCUAGACGGAGAACCACCUUACCUUCAACACAUCAAAGGGAGAGAUUUGAUAGAGGUGGAUGGAGAUCCAUUUCGUCAUCAUCCCGUGAUCCAGAGGCAAAUCGUACUGCCAGAUGGAGAGAAAAUAUUCCGCCCUCAAGAAUGACUCAGGCUCAUAGUGAAAUUGUUGAAAAUUAUUAUAGAGAGUUGAGCCCUAGGGGCAGAACAUCUUCAACAAGGAUGCCUCUAGUUUCACAAGUUUCUCAUACUAAUCUCCAGCCCAACUAUUCUUCUUCUAGAAGAAUUCCUGGUCAACAAGUUUCUCAUACUAAUCCCCGGCACAACUAUUCUUCUUCUAGAACUCCUGGUCAACAAAUUUCUCAUACUAAUCCCCAGCGCAACUAUUCUUCUAGAAGAAUUCCUGGUCGACAUUUGCAAUGGCGCAGCAAUCAAGGACAGUGA